UCUGAAAAUUCUAUAGCGAGUAAACGAUCAUAAAUAUUGGGACAACUAUUGAGUCUUCAAUGAAUUCUUUAACAAGCUGUGGAUUUGGGUAAAGAGAUUCCUCGAUUUUUAAUCAAGGAUUACCAAAAUGGAAGCAAUCGCCAAACAUUUGUUUAAAGCGACCCAAGACGAUGAUCUGGGCUUCGAAAAAGGCAGCACCUUGAACGUACUUGAUAUGGAGCAAGAUAAAAACUGGUAUAAAGCGGAACAAAACGGUCGAGAAGGAUGGAUUCCGCGAACCUACAUCGAAAUGAAACCACACGAUUGGUUUAACGGAAAGAUCACAAGAAAGCAAGCCGAGGAAACUCUGCUUCAGCAUAGAAGUGAUGGUGCUUUUCUCGUUAGGGAAAGCGAAACAUCGCCAGGAGAUUUCUCUUUAUCAGUCUGUUUUCAAGGCCAAGUUCAGCAUUUUAAGAUUUUCCGUGAUGCAGACAGGAAAUAUUUUUUAUGGAACAAACGGUUUGAUUCAAUCAACCAAUUAAUUGACUUUCACAGGGACAACUCAGUCAGCAGAUCGCAAAACAUUAUGUUAAGGGACCCUAAUAGUGGGAAGAUGACAGUCCAGGCUCUGUUUGACUUCACAGCCAGUGAAGAGGGAGAGCUCAGUUUCCGAAGAGGAGACUGGAUCACGGUGAUGGAUGCAAGUAAUGAGAAUUGGUGGGAGGGAAAAGUUCAUGGUAACGUUGGCCUCUUUCCUUCGAAUUAUGUGACCAAGGGUUAAUUGUUCAUCUGGAAUUAGAAUGCUUUGGAUAUCUUAACACUAAUGUAUUUGUAUUCAGUUGGUCAACACAGCUUGUUAAGAAGUUUAAACUCAUUUUUAUUGAUGCUCUAUAGAUACAUAGAAAAAAUAGUGUAAAUAACACAUAAAUACAUGUAAAUACAUGUCAAGGAAACCAAAAGCUACUGCCUGUGUUCUCAGUAAAAAUGAGAGAGGUGUAAUUUUGAUAAGAAAUUAGUAUAAAAGGCAGUAUAAAAUUACAGCCACUGUUAUAUAGAGAACGGCCAAUGGCAAUGUCCUUGAGUGUAUAGUUCUUUCGAAGGUCCAUUGUGGAAACAUUAUGCAACAUAAUUGCACCUUUGUGGAAAAAACUGGGCUUCCUGUGUUGAAUUUAAUGACCAAUAAGGCUUGUGUAAUUUGUAUACUUAUGAUGGUAACUGUCUAAUUUUUGUCAUUACUUUUAUUAUAGCAGGAAAGUAGUUUAAGAGUUGUAUAUAGUAUUUUCUCAAAAUUGAGAGUUUUUCAGUAAAAGCAAUCCUAAAUAGUCGUAAACAAGGUUAUACCAUAUUCACUAAGAAAGAAAGUGUAUGAUGUGGAUAUUAUUUCAUUGGAGAAAGCACCACUUUUAAAAAUAAUUUCAAGGACUUAUUCGCAAGAAUUUAAUAAACUCUGUUUAUCUACUA